UCAAACAGAUCAAUAAAAGAGGGAAUAUGUAGCGCCCACUGGGAGAGACUACAGCUGAGCCAUCGUGUGGACCUGGGACACAGGACAAAGUUGAGGAUAGGCAAUCAAGGGCCAGACUUCUCAAAGACACACACAUACAUAAACACACCAGAUAAUCAUGGUGUUCGGAUAGAAGGAUGUGGAGGUUUUGACCAAGAGGAAGAAGCUUAUGUAAAGAUGCAGUUCAGAUCAAACUGAAGCAUUUCGGAAUUAGAAUAACCAUGGCAGCUAGCAAGACAAGCAGUAAUGUGGUGCAUCGUGCCAGUAGCUUGGCAUCCCAUAGUAAUCCUUCUCCAACAGAGAAACGGUCUGUCAGACAGGGUACCAAACACCCAGAGCAGACUUUGGAAAAUAUGCUUCAAUGGACAAGUAAUUUAGAGCGAAUAAAAGCAGAGGUCAUUGAGCAAGUAAACGCUCAGAUGAGUGAAGUGUUGGACAAAGUGCUUACAGACAAAUUGCAAUCAUUCUCCAAAGGUGCACAUUCAAAUGCAGUUGACAAUACACACCAAAAGUCUGAUGGAAAAGCUAGGAGACAUAGAAUGGAGGAUGGAAAGGUGUUUGUGGCCAGGCAGUCCAUACUUGACGAACUUUUUGAGAUCAGUCACAUCCAGACCAUUUAUCACAUGUUCGUUGCUGCUCUCUUCCUCUUCAUCAUCAGCACAUUGGCAGUCGACUACAUUGACCAGGGCAGGCUGGUUCUAGACUUUGACUUAUUCUUCUAUGCCUUUGGUCAGCUGGGCACUGUCAUAUGGGCCUGGCUUGUCAUGUUCAUUUACACCCUGUUUGGACCAUACUUUAUUCUGAGCCAGUGGAGGGAACUGCACACUCACUCCCAAUGGAAGAUGCCAGUAUCAAUAGUAACAUCUUUGGUUCUGUUGGCAACUCAAAUGAGUGUGCUGGGGUAUUUUCCUAUGUAUAUUGUCCUGCAUUAUCAGUUGCCCCCAGCAUCACGCCUUAUCAUUGUCCUUGAACAGAUACGAUUCCUGAUGAAGAGCUAUUCCUUUAUUCGCGAAACAGUGGUGGCAGCCCUAAGAUCCAAACCAAAAAAAGAUGAAGCUGCCACAUUCCCUACUCUUUCCAGCUAUCUGUACUUCCUGUUUUGCCCAACUCUGAUCUACAGAGAAACGUAUCCUCGAAACCCUUAUAUCAGAUGGAAAUAUGUGGCGAGGAACUUUGCAAUGAUUCUGGGGAGUACGUUUUACCUCUACUUUAUCCUGGUACGUCUGUGUAUCCCUGUGUAUAAGAAUGAGAGCAAUCAGCCUUUCAGCCGACGCACUCUGGUUCUGGCUGUGUUUCACUCAACCUUGCCAGGUAUGCUAAUACUCCUACUGGGAUUUUUUGCUUUUCUUCAUUGUUGGCUUAAUGCCUUUGCUGAGAUGCUGCGCUUUGCUGAUCGGAUGUUUUAUAAAGACUGGUGGAACUCUACCUCCUUUGCUAACUACUACCGCACCUGGAACGUUGUGGUGCAUGACUGGCUCUAUUAUUAUGCCUACCGGGAUUUCCUCUGGUUAUCGGGCCAUCGUCUCCGUUCAGUAGCCACGCUGUCUGUGUUUGCGGUUUCGGCUUUUGUUCAUGAAUAUGCCUUUACCAUGGCCUUUGGCUUUUUCUACCCUGUGAUGUUCUGUCUGUUUGCAAUUAUUGGAGUGGUCUUCAACUUCACCCUCAAUGACAAGCGCAAGAGUCCUGUUUGGAACAUUAUCAUGUGGACCUGUCUGUUCAUUGGCCAAGGUGUGCAGGUGUGCCUAUAUUGUCUGGAAUGGUAUGCUCAGAUUCACUGCCCGCGCACUGGGACAGGAUUCUGGGAGUUGGUUACGCCAAGAUCUUGGACAUGUAGUUAUAAAGGAUAAUGUUUAAUGUUAUCUAUUGCUGUCACAGUAUAAUGCAACAGUGUUUUUUAUAUGAUGGCUAGACAAAGGUAAAGCCAAUAUACAGCCUGUGUUUAUCAUCAUCAGCAUCAUCAUCAUCAUGCUACACAAAAGGUUUUUGGACACCUGAUCAUCACACCCAUAUCCUUUAGACUGUUAUUGGAAUAUUGGAGUCACACAUGUCUUCAUUCUAGAAACAUUUAAAUAUCCACUCAAUCGUUGCUCUACAUUUUAUUGCAUCAUCCAUAAACGUUCCCAAAAUUCCCUGUAAUUUUUAACCUGACCAGCAGUAGGAGUUAUUGAUUCAAGCAAUAUUUUGACAUGCAGACAAGUUGCCACAUGCAAAAGCAAAACCUAUGUUGCUCUUACAUCAUCUUCAGUAAAAAAAAAAAAAUCAAUAAAUCUGGUUUUGCAUGUUUAAGAGUUAAAGCCGAAAUGAUGUAAUUCCCCAUAAUUCACUUUUAUAAUACAUUGCUGUAGUGCCACUGGGAAAUGCAAUCACUGUCCAAUCACAGUUCUAAGCCAAUUUUUAAUUUUGUGGUUGUAUAAGGACAAGGGAGAAGGGCCUGAAAGCAUCAUUUUCUGGGAGGUGUUGCUCUCCAUAUAAAAGAAUUCUUCUA